AUGAGUGUACUCCGGCAGUCCUCGCGGAAGCUCCUGAAUGUCGGGCGAAGCUCGCGCUCGCUCGCGACGUCUUCUUCGUCCACGUUCAGUCAACAGUUAGCUGAUGGUCCGUCCUUGGAUGAUUUCAUUGCUGGAGAUGCACCGGAACGAGUCGUGCUGGGCAACACCAAGCAGCCGAGACUUCCUGCUCAUCUGAAAACCAAGAUCCCGACAGGCGCAUCGUAUAACAAGAUAAAGAGUGACCUCCGCGGUCUUGGCCUCCACACGGUCUGCGAGGAAGCGCGAUGUCCGAAUAUUGGGGAUUGCUGGGGCGGCAGUAAGGGUGCGACCCACGAGGAGAACAAGAGAGCAGCGACUGCCACGAUUAUGUUAAUGGGGGAUACAUGCACACGUGGCUGUAGGUUCUGCGCUGUCAAGACUUCACGCACACCUCCACCCUUGGACCCUCACGAGCCGGAGCACACUGCAGAAGCCAUCAGCCGGUGGGGGUUGGGCUAUAUCGUGCUCACCACGGUCGACCGAGACGAUCUCGCGGAUAGCGGUGCCCACCAUCUCGCCGAGACGGUUCGCAAGAUUAAGCAGAAGGCCCCUCAAACCCUAGUUGAAGUACUCACCGGGGACUUUGGCGGAUCCCUGCCUCAUGUGGGACUGGUGGCAAAGUCCGGGCUGGACGUUUUUGCGCAUAACUUAGAGACUGUCGAGGCACUCACGCCGUUCGUACGCGAUCGGCGGGCCAGCUUCCGCCGGACUCUCCAGGUUCUCGAGCACGCGAAGAAAGAGGGUGUACGUGUGACGAAGACGAGCAUCAUGCUCGGGCUGGGUGAGACUGAAGACCAGCUCAUGGAUGCCCUGCGAGAGUUGCGCAAGAUUGACGUGGACGUAGUUACUUUCGGCCAGUACAUGCGGCCCACGAAGCGGCAUAUGAAGGUCGAGCGCUACGUGGAACCAGCCGAGUUUGACAGAUGGAAGCAGGUCGCUGAAGACUUGGGCUUCUUGUAUGUCGCCAGCGGCCCAUUGGUGCGAAGCAGCUAUAAGGCUGGAGAGUACUUCAUCGAGAACGUGCUCCGAGGGAAGGGGAACAAGAAGAAGGUGCAGCAAGUUUCGGCCCUGGAUGCAUUAUCGACAGAGGCCUCGUCUGCAGCAUAA